AAAUGAAAAAUAAACAAAGACGUUCUUACGAAGUUUCUGUUAUAAAAUACAGAUAUUUUUGCGGUAUUUAAUUACAGAUAACAGCUCAGUGUUUAUGCUGUUGUGUUUUAAAUUUUUACCCUUCUUUUGCUGUAGUUUUUUGUUGAUCAGAAACAAAAAACCAUAGUGUAAUAAUGGAUUGUCAAACUAAUGCAAAUGCUCCGCUGUCGAAAGGGUGUUUUGUGGUGAAAAAGGGUCAUGGAUCAAAAAAAGUGAAAAGCGAAACUAAAGUUACAGACACAUAUGAGCAUUUCCAGGCCAUUUGGUCGAAAAUGCAUGCAGAAAUACAAGAUGUUGCAAGGAAAACUUAUGAAGGUGUAUUUGAAGAAAUUUUACUAUUCAUUUCUAAUUGCUUUCCUACUCCAUUUGAAAAUCAAGUGCAUGUCCCAGCUGGAGUUCUUGAAAUGGGAAUCAACAUGCCAGACCAUGCUUCAGUUUUCCAUUUACUACAGAAAUGUCUAGAGGAUAAUAAGUACCUUACUGUAAUUCUAGACUCAAAGAAAUGUGUUUCUUUUCCAAACCUUGUUGGAACACUUUAUGCUGAAAUUCAAGAUAAAUCUAAACUGUGUAUGCCAAGUGGGAAAAGGUCCUCAAAGUCGUCACAUAAGCCUGAAAAAAAUCCUGUCAUUUUGUUGUUACAAGAUGCUGAAACUAUUUCACGGGAUAUUUUGGAAGAGCUGAUACUUAAUUGCAAGCAUUUUAUGGGUACUCUUCCAGUGAUUUUACUUUUUGGGAUGUCAUCUGGCUUAGUGACAUUGAAUAGUAUUUUAACUCAAAAAGCACUUUGUUGCCUGGGAGUAAAGACAUUUGCUUCAAUAAAUCCAAUGGAUUACUUAACACAAAUAAUUGAAGAGGUUAUUAUCAGUCCUAAUCAUCCUUUCAAAUUUGGACCUAAUGUGUUUAGAUUGAUACUUGAUUCAGUCUUGUUCCAUGAUUUUUCUCUUGAAAAUCUUACAUAUAUGUUGAAAUUUUCCAUGCUUGAACAUUACAUGAAUUGUAAAGGAAGUUUGCUUUGUUGUUAUGAAAAUGAGUUUUCAAAUCAAGUGCAAAAUCUAAGAACGAAUGAACUUUCUUAUCUUAAGAUGCUGCCUUCAUUUCAAAAGUUUUUGAAAGAAAAUCCAAAGCACCUUGCAGCUAGUGAAAAUACAUCUAGUUUGAAGAAAAUUCUGCUUGAUCUUGGCAGAGAACUUUUCCUGGAGCAAAAAGUGACAAUGGUUUUAUUACAAAUUCUGAAUUGUACGACUAGUGAUUUACCUCGAUAUCCUUUAGGGAAAAAGUUUCGUGAACUUUAUGGUUUUUCCCUAAAGAAGAAAAUAUUUAGUACUGAAGCUUUUUCUGAGGCAAAAAGACAUUUAAAGUUGCAGUCAAAAGAUAAUUUAAUUGAAAAGUUCAGAUCGUGCUUAAGCAUUUUAAAUGAUCAUUCUUCAUUAAUACCCCAUUCUGAUGUUCUGCAGAAAAUGCAUACUGUUUUAAAAGAAUCUCAUAAAGCAUUCUUAAAUUUAACUUCAGCUGAUUUUGAAAAAAAAUUUGAUUCUGUUGUCAAGCAAGAAGGUGAUAAACCAUCUAGCCGUUAUGAAUUGAUGGAGAAAAUGAGAUCCAGCAUUAAGCUUAAAAAAUCAAAGUUUGAUGCGUUACGAGAUGAUGUCAUAGAAACCUUUUUGAAUCAUUUUGAAUACAUCCGUCCUCCUACUGAGUACCCACUGCAUGAAUUAUUCUAUUUUGAUGAUGAUAAAUUACUGAAGGAAACUCUGAUGAUUGUUCCCCGAGAGAAAGUGAUUGAUGCCCUUGACAACCCUCAUAAGUAUUUUAAGUGCCAAUGUUGUCGGUCUGAUUUAGAAGAUGAAAUCAGAAAAAGUUUCCCAGAUAUUUCUGUGCUGUACAAGUUAUACAAGACAUCUGGAAAAAUGAUUAACUUAACAGACUGGCUUGAACAAUUCAAAUCUCUGAAAAUAUGUGAUGGAAAAGAAAAUAUGAGAUCUCCUCGAAAAGGGCAGAAAUUUUCGAAGGCCAAAGCAAAAAAUGAUGCAGAGCUUAACCUCCGAUUUUUGCUUGCUGCAUCUGAGCUGCAAUUACUUGGAUUCAUCAAAGUUACAAAAAGAAAAACUGAUCAUGUUAUUAAACUGACAUUUAAUUAGGUAUAUGCUUUAAUCACAAAACAGAGCGGUAAUGUAUGUUGUUAUACAGCAUGUAAA